AGCGCCUUCACUGUGUCUGGAUACAAUCGGAGCUGGCGAUGCCUGAAUUUGAUUUUUCAGAUAUUUUAAUAGUUUAAUCUGUGAAUGGCGCCAAAACAGGACCCUAAGCCUAAAUUUCAAGAAGGUGAACGAGUUCUGUGUUUUCAUGGGCCAUUGCUCUACGAAGCUAAGUGUGUAAAAGUUAAUAUCAAGGACAAGCAAGUGAAAUACUUCAUUCAUUAUAGCGGAUGGAAUAAGAACUGGGAUGAAUGGGUUCCUGAGAGCAGAGUGCUCAAGUAUGUGGAUACCAACCUGCAGAAACAAAAAGAGCUUCAAAAGGCCAAUCAGGACCAUUAUGUUGAGGGAAAGAUGAGGGGCGUCGCACCAAACAAGAAGAUUACUGCUGUGCAGCAGAAAAAUGUUGAUCUGAAAACAAAAAAGAACAAACAGAAAACUCCAGGGGCGGGCGAGGGUACCAGCAUGGGUGAGAUGCCACAGCCUCCCCGAAAGAAGAGGGCACGCGUUGACCCAACUGUGGAAAGCGAGGAGACGUUCAUAAACCGAGUGGAGGUGAAAGUCAAGAUCCCGGAAGAGCUGAAACCGUGGCUGGUAGAUGACUGGGACCUGAUCACGAGACAGAAACAGCUCUUUCACCUGCCUGCCAAGAAGAAUGUCGAUACCGUCCUAGAGGACUAUGCAAACUAUAAAAAAUCGAGAGGCAACUCUGACAACAAAGAGUAUGCUGUGAAUGAGGUGGUUGCGGGAAUCAGGGAGUACUUCAAUGUCAUGCUGGGCACCCAGCUGCUGUACAAGUUUGAGCGGCCGCAGUACGCGGAGAUCCUGGCCAACCACCCGGAUGCACCCAUGUCCCAAAUCUACGGGGCCCCCCACCUGCUCAGGCUUUUUGUGCGUAUUGGAGCCAUGCUGGCCUAUACUCCUUUGGAUGAGAAGAGCCUUGCCCUGCUGCUCAACUACCUGCAGGACUUUCUGAAGUACCUGGUGAAAAAUUCCUCCACCCUGUUCAGCGCCAGUGAUUAUGAAGUGGCUCCGCCUGAAUAUCACCGCAAGGCGGUCUGAGCGGCCGAACCUUUCGGUGGACAUUAGCCGAUGGAGAAAGAGCAGCUUUGUUUCCUGGAUUGCAGGUAACAGGUUCAUCCUUUGAAAAGGAGGGGGAAAAAAAAGACUUGAUUUUUUUUUUUUUCUUUUUGUUUUUUUUUU